GUGGAAUUUGAUGGCUGUAACUGGAAGCAACAUGCCUGGGUGAAAGUCCAUGCUGAAGAAGUUAUAGUGUUGUUACUGGAAGGAUCAUUGGUUUGGGCACCUCGAAAUGAUCCAGUUAUGCUUCAGGGGACUCGAGUCUCAUUGGCACAGUGGCCUGCACUGACCUUCACUCCUCUAGUAGAUAAGCUGGGUUUAGGCUCUGUGGUUCCAGUGGAGUUUCUUCUGGACAGACAUUUACGUUUCCUGUCUGAUGCCAGUGGAUUACGUUUGUUUCAGAUGGGAACAGAGAGUCAAAAUCAGAUUCUGCAGGAACAGCCGUCACUAAGAGAAUCUGUCAAUGCAUUGAUCAGUGACCAGAAGCUUCAGGAGAUAUUUAGUAGAGGUCCUUACAGUGUUCAAGGCCAAAGAGUUAAGGUUUACCAACCAGAGGAUGAAAAUAGCUGGAUCUGUGGUGUUGUGAGCCUUCAAGACCCAAUAACUCGUCUUAUGGAGGUGUCUGUGACUGAGAGUGGUGAAAUAAAGUCGGUGGAUCCUCGACUGAUUCAUGUGGUGAUGGAUAACACUUCUCCAAGCGAGGGAGGGGGCCUAAAAGCAGCUAAAUCAUCUAAAGGGAAAAAGAAGAAAGAAAGUCUGGAGGGAAAGGAUGGACGGAGGAGAAAAAACGCUUCAGAUUCUGGGUGUGAUCCUGCAACAAAGAAGCUAAAGGAGAGGGGUGAGGUGGAUAGCAAUGGUAGCGAUGGAGGCGAGGCAAGCAGAGGUCCCUGGAAAGGAUGCUCCAGUAGUGAAACAGGACUGGAUCCAAGGGCCAAACAGUUGCCUUCAUUCAUUCCUCAGAUUAAUCGCAAUAUUCGCUUUGCCACUUACACCAAAGAGAAUGGUCGAACACUAGUAGUCCAAGAUGAGCCAGUUGGUGGUGACACACCAUUGCCCUUCACUCCAUUUUCCUCUGUGGCUGGACAAACAUUACUAGUUGGAUCUGGAUGUAAAGAGGCAGGAAAAUCACUGGAACAGGUUGGCCAAGGCACAGUGACUUCUGCAACUGCAGUUACUACAACUGCUUUGACACUAACAACUGUGAGAAUCUCUGAUACUAGUUUGCCAGCUGUUACUGGACAGGAGAAACUGAAAACAGGUCGAUCUCAAGCCCAGGGAGAGAAUUCCCGAAAUUCACUUUUGGUGGCUUCUGGAUUUGGAGUCUCUCUCCCAAGUGCUUCCCAGUCUUUGGUAUUUGGGGGUGGAAGGAGCCAAUCAAACGGAGUAGUGACUCCAGAAAACAAGCCUUCUGGAUUUCCUUUUGGCUGUAGUACUGGACAAGAGGCUCAGAAAGACUCUGAUGUGUCCAAAAACUUGUUUUUUCAAUGCAUGUCCCAAAAUCUACCUUCCAGUAACUACUUCACAGUCAUUUCAGAGAGCUUGACUGAAGAUGCCUCUAGUCGGGACUCAUUCAAGCAGUGUGCAGAGAGUAUGGGUGCUGGAAUCUGUAAAGGUAAAAUUCUUUCAGCGGACACUAAACCAGGAGCCCAGUCUGGCAGUUCUGUGGAGCGGAAGCUGCCUGUGGAAUCUAUGCCUACCCUUACUCCAGCCUUUUCACGAAGUCUGUUGAAUACUCGCCCCCCAGAUAGUCAUGAAAACCUAUUUUUACAGCCCCCAAAGUUAUCAAGAGAGGAACCCUCAAACCCUUUCCUGGCAUUUGCUGAGAAAGUAGAACUUAGUCCUUUCAGUGGCUUUGCAUCUUCAUCUCAGACAGGGGUUUCUACUCCCUCUACACCUGUGGGUCAUAAAGCCAUUUCUGGCUGGCCGGAAUCACUCGCCUCUGCAGACUCUUCUCUAGCUAAGAAGAAAACCUUGUUUAUAACAACUGACUCAUCAAAGAUGAUUUCCAGCAGUUCUGGUUCGACAGUCGUUGCUGGUGUUCAGAGCCCUUCCACUGUAGGGAAUGGCCGUUCCAGCUCACCGACCAGCAACCUGACACAGCCUAUUGAGAUGCCCACACUUUCUUCCAGCCCAACAGAAGAAAAACCAGCUGUUGGGCCUGGGCAGCAGGACAAUCCUCUUCUGAAAAAUUUUUCCAGCGUGUUUGGCAGACAUCCACCUGGCUUUUUCUCUUCACAGGCAGAGUUUUCACAGGAGAACAAAGCCCCUUUUGAAGCUGUGAAAAGGUUCUCUCUAGAUGAGCGAAGCUUGACAUCCAAACAGGACUCAGACUCCAGUACUAAUAGUGACUUGUCAGAUUUGAGUGACUCUGAAGACCAGUUGCAGGCCAAGGCUUGUAUGAAGGGAAUCCCAGACCACUUGAUGGCAAAGCUAGGCCCCAAUGCAGAGCACAAUGCUGAAUUGCUGCUGGGGAAGGGAAAAGGGAAGCAAGCCCCAAAGGGCCGGCCUCGCACAGCUCCCCUAAAAGUUGGCCAGUCUGUGCUGAAAGAUAUGAGUAAGGUGAGGAAGCUGAAGCAGUCAGGUGAGCCUUUUCUCCAGGAUGGCUCUUGCAUCAAUGUAGCUCCACAUCUGCACAAGUGCCGGGAGUGCCGUCUGGAGCGGUACCGCAAAUUUAAGGAGCAAGAGCAGGAUGACUCAACUGUGGCAUGUCGCUUCUUCCAUUUCCGGAGGCUGAUAUUUACCCGGAAAGGUAUUCUACGAGUAGAGGGUUUCCUGAACCCACAACAGAGUGACCCUGAUGCCAUGAGCCUAUGGAUUCCUUCCUCCUCCCCUGCAGAGGGGAUUGAUCUGGAAACUUCCAAAUAUAUCUUGGCCAAUGUUGGGGACCAGUUCUGCCAGCUUGUUAUGUCAGAAAAGGAGGCAAUGAUGAUGGUGGAGCCACAUCAGAAAGUGGCAUGGAAGCGAGCAGUACGUGGUGUGAGAGAAAUGUGUGAUGUAUGUGAGACAACACUCUUCAAUAUUCAUUGGGUUUGUCGCAAGUGUGGUUUUGGGGUCUGUCUGGACUGUUACCGGCUGAGGAAGAAUCGCCCACGUAGCGAGACAGAGGAGAUUGGUGAUGAGGAAGUCUUCUCAUGGCUGAAAUGUGCAAAGGGUCAGUCUCAUGAACCAGAGAAUCUUAUGCCAACACAGAUCAUUCCUGGUACAG